AUGUCUUCUGAGGAGGCGGUGCAGGAGGUACGACGCAUCUUCACGAAUAACACCGUUGAGCAGGUCCGGGACUAUCUCAGCACCAUCACCCGCGGCAUACAGGAGAGUGACUACCGGCUCAAGCAGAUUGUUGGGCAAAGUUAUCGUGACCUUAUUGCGGCCUGUGACAAGGUGGUGGGGAUGGAACAAACAUGCAGGAAGUUGCUGCAGAUGCAGAAACAACUGCAUACGGAGCAGCAACUGACAUUGUCGCCCCAGAGCCCUGGGGACGUGCUGGAGCGGGGGCCCUUUUCACGAAGAGGUGCUCAUUCCGCGUCCUCCGAGGCGACGCCAGUGCGAUGUUUGUUUGAGGUUGCCGUGGAACGUCAAACACAAGGGAGGGAGGCGGAGCGGAAUGAAGCAGAAGCAUUGAGUUCAGCACCGUGUGACCGGUUAGUGUUUCAACAGCGGUGCGUUGCAAUUGAAGGGUUGCUGGGGUCGCAGCAGGUGCAGAAGGCGGCCACUGUCUGGCAUGAGCUAAUGGAUGGGUUAGAGUGCGAGAAGAGACUAGCAGUGAAAAGUAUGACGACAACAGUGGAGUUCCAAGCCUCCAUUGUGUCAGAGGGGCAAGGCAAACAGCAUGAACAGCGGCGAUUGUUGCUGGAGUCGUAUAGAAACCGCAUUCGGCAGGGAAUUCGUGAGUUACUUCGCAAGGAUGCGGAUGAUGCGGCACAACGGACGGUGACAUAUGCUAUUGCAACAAAACGUUCAGUGAGAGGUGGUGGGAGUAUGAGGGAGACCCAGCGGCACGCGACGGCGAAUGCGACGGCGGAUAGUGUAACUUUGGGAGACGAAUUUCUGACGGAUGUGUUGGCGCACAUGGCGGAGGCUCAUGCGGCACUGGGCAUUAUUGACAUCGCACCUGCAGCAUUGGCUAUGCAAAAUCUUAUUGAACUUGUGUCUGCCAUGAUUAACGAUGAGCUUCAGCUAAUAUUAAAGGCGAUCAAUGGGGGGAAUAAGAGGAAGAGGGGAAGUGAAAGUGCAUGUGGGACGACGAAUACCGUUAAAAAUCCAUCUGGAAAGAUGGAGUGGCUGCGUGUUGCUCUGCCGUUGCCAAUGUGGCUCCUUGACGACGCUGCAAAUUCGCCACUCUCUACUGCAUGGAUACCACUCUCCAUGGAGGCAGCACAUAGUGUGGGGAAUGAUAUUACUACCUCAGCGACGACGACGGACAGUAGUCAUCCUGUUGCAUCUGUAGCCGGUCGAUCCAACUGUAAGACGAGCAAUGGAGUCAUUGCCUUACAUAUUCUACAGCGCACACAACAGUUGUUUUUUCAUCUUGUUGCCUACGUUGCGUCGGUGCUGCCACGUCUCUAUGAACAUGGACGGGAUGCUGAAAAAAGGCCCUUGUCGCAGCAUCAUGGGGGGGUUGAUGAUGAUGACGGGGCAAAUGAUAGGGAGGAUGUGGAUGGAUAUGGGAAUUACAAAAGACAGCAACGUUCUUUGCAGACACUGCUGACACUUCGUGGACGACUGGUUGCCAAAGAGCAAAAAGAGCGGCAAAAACAGCAGGAAGAAGACGGGGGCAAAGACCUAUUGGAAUUCAGCAACCGCAUGUCAAGCCGUAUGGGUGGGAGUUCUGCACGUGGUGCGUUGUCGAGUUCUCUUCUUAGUGCCCCGGAGGAGAUCGGAGAUGCUUCACUGAGUGAAUCGACUUCAGCGAUGAGCAUACUUCUUCCGGGUGGAUUCAAUGCACCCAAGCGAACGCAUUUGCGAACAAUCUAUAUUCGUGAGGUGAUGCGUCAGGUGUGCGGAAUGCAACUUCUUGACCCAAAGCUUCUUCAAGGACGGAAACCCGCCAAGAGGUUUUCCGGCGUUGAUUCCGGCAGCGACCAUAAAAAUUCACCGGCCGCGUUGGAGUGGAAAUGUGAGGAUGUCAGCAGGAAGUUAAGGAUUGUCCAAGAGACCGUGUCACAGUUGUUGGGUUGUGUCGCGGAUGCGGGUCUUCUGCGCAGCCCGCGUCUUGUGGCCCUGCAGGAGCGAAUUGCACUUCAGGAGGCCACGCGAAUGCAAAAGUGGCUUCGUGAAAGUCACCGGCAAAAUGUUCUUCUUUUUGAAGACGCGUUGUGGACAGAGAUGGUGCAUAAAACGACGGAGCGUGCGCUUGUGAGGGCUGUUGGUGCCGGUUUGAGAAAGGCAGAUGUUGUGUGGAAUGCCAUUUUGCAAUCCAUCCGUGUAGAAGGGAGUUGUCAUGCCCACCAUCAAUCGAUAACGCCAUCAAUCCGGCCGUAUGUUGAAACGGAUGCCGUCACGACAACGAAGCCUGGCACAUCAUCGCAGUUGUCCCAGCGACUCCUGUCUCGCUCUUUUUUUGCGAGUCGACUUAUUGCUGCGGUUCACUGCGGUGGCGGCUGCAGAAAUGAAUCUGUUUUUUCUUUUUCCAACCCGGAAGGACGUAUGCGCAGCUCUGGGAAGGAGAGUGCGACGAUAAAUGCUCUUCUUGCGCGUGCCGUGGUUCAGUGUGUGUGGUCGCAUUCCAAAAUGGCAUCUUUUGAGGGAAAGACACAAGACACAUGCCAAUUGUACACAAAUAAUCCCCAUAACUUCAUCUCAGCUGCUUCUUCAAAGGGAUGCGUGUCUUCUGACACAUUUACGGCCAUGAUGGAUGGAGAAAAACAUGUAUUGGCUUUUGAAGAGGAAGAAGAGAUGUUAUUUGUAGAUGACGAUGAUGAAAAUGAUAAUGAUGAUGUUGAUGAUGAUGGUAAGAACGAGGGGGGUAAAGAAGAGGAAAAAAGAGGGGAGGGGAAUACAAAUGUGAGGAAAGGGAAUAAUGGUAACCACUUGGAGGAAAAGAAAAAGGCAAUCAUGUGUAUGUUUCCUUUGUAUUCUGGGCGUAUGGAGAGAAAGAUUGCCUUAAAUGAUGAUCAGGCCGCCGUGUUUGAGCGCAGCGUGUUACUGUACAUGCUUCAACGUAUUUUUGAUUCCGAGAGGUUGUGUGCAGUGGCACAGACGCCCGUUCAUAAUCUCAUUACGGCAUGGAUUUCAGGUGCUCUGGGGCGCGUACGAGAUAUGAUGCGAGAAGAAAAGGAGGCAUAUCAGCAGCAGUUACAGCAGCAGCAAGAAGACGAGGGGGAAUCAUUUGAACGGUGUGCGGCCAUGAUGGUCUUUUUUCAUCGUCUCUCUUUGCUUGUGGAGGUGCUUUUGUGUGUAUUGGAAACGACACCGGCGGUAUCAAACACGGCAGGGGCGCUUUGGGAGGAAGUUCGUGGGACUGUCAUUGCCUGCCACAUGCCAUGGGUGCAACUCUUACGUCGCGAGUGGGAAAGCGGACUCUGCGCGGCAUACAGGGAAGCGUGGGCGGCUGUCAGGGUCCCCACUGUGGAUGCAGUCGCCCCAUCGUUGGCUGCACGACGAUACACUCUGGGGUAUGCGGCAUGUUGGUGUCAUGACUUUUGCCGCCAUCCGCAUCAGCCCCAGCAGCGUGAGGAGGAAAAGGGAGAGCAACCGGUAGCGUACCCAAUUCAUCUCACGCCACAUGUUGCGGAGCUUUUGUUUUCUCUUCAGCACAUUCUGUACACCGUGGGGGCGGGGCAGCGCCUCCGCGAGACGGUGCUUCCGAUUGUUAUACGCGAGCUGCUUGACGGCACGUCAUCCGCCCUAUUGAAUGUUGUCUUGCCAUCUCUGGCGGAGGACAAGAGACACUUAAACGACAGUGCGAACAGCAAUGCUGGUGGAGGUGGUGAUUUUCCAGCCCGCAGCUGUCAGGCUGGUUCUGUGGUGAAUUCGGCAGCCAGCCACGACACAGAGGGGAAUAAAGAUGACACGGAUGACGACGAUGAAAAGGACGAGGCGCUGCUGCAAUUGUACUUUGAUGUGUUGUUUAUCACUGGGCUUUUCGCGUCACCGGACAAGGUGUCCAAUUCAUCCACCGCGGCGGUCCUGCAGGCGAUUGAGAGCCGAGUGGAUCCCGUCACAUGGUCAGUUACCGCCCCGUUUGUGAAAUCUGCUAGUGCGCGGUUAUUGCGGGCGACGACCCUCUCAUUUGGUUCGUGGUGCUCCGCAGCCGCAGCGGAGGUGUGGAACGUAGCAGGGAGCAAUGCCCAGAGCGGCACAGAGAACAUGCAGCCACACCAGUCACCAUUGUUCAAUGGAGCCAUUACUACCCCCAAGGAGCGAGAUCGCUUCCCGCUGCUCCCGCUGGCCACCACCGCCCCUUCCAUCAUCCCGUCGGUGGGGGGAACGCACCCCAGCCUCAAGGUAAGAGGCGGCAGUGAAGGAAGAGGAGGGGCGACAUCGUCAUGUGGCGCUGCAGAUGUUGGUAGCGGGGAUGGUUCAUUGCCACCGGCUGCGUCUACAGGCGGAAAAGAGCCUGUGACACCUUCCUUCACUGCAACGCUGUUGUGGGGUGAUGGCACGACGAAGGGAUGGAUGGGAUCGUUAUGGUAG